UGGUCUGUACUGUGCUGUUCUGUUAUGUAGAUAUGUAUACAUCUCUGCCUAGUAAACAAACAAUGUUUGUUAUGAAGUAAGGGUCCAGAAAAUGGUAGUCUUUAUUUGGGAGACAUGCAGCGAUAACUCUACAUCUCGACUUGAAUCGUAACCUGGGUGAUCUCUGCACUGUGUUUGCAUCCAUAUUUCAGCUGGAUUUUGGUUUUGUUACAGAAAUGUAUUGUGCCAUCUUGAUUGCUGCCAUAAUUUUGCUUUCACCUCCAGUAAUAAAAGCUGAGAAAGGAGAUGAGGAUGAUAACUGGGUUGAUCCAUUCUAUAUAGACAGUAAGAUGAAUACUGCUGCUGAUGACUGGAUGGACCCAUUAGAUUUGGAAGAUCACAGGAACUUGCAGAAGACUCUAAUAAAAUCUUCAUCUGAGAGUGAGAUUAUCAAACAAUUACCAGAAGAAAGUAAAAAUGCUGAACUACCAGGAAAUGUAGAGAGCACCAAACAAAUUCUACAAAUAAAUGAAGAGUUGGAAGUUUCUACAAAUAUGCUUGAAAAAAAUGAAGGAGAAAGCACAGAAACUGAAAGUAAAACAAAGUCUGAUGAAAAUUUGCCAAAGGAAGACAUUUGUCGAUGUGCAAAAAAUGAAAUGGAGCAUAACUUCCUGCGAAGAUUUAUUAACUUACUGGUGAACAUUUGUGUCAGUAAAAAUAAUGAAAUCCAAAAAAAGAUUUCAGUUACAUUAGAAAUUUCACCAGAGGAACUGAAGCAACUACAACGACUGAAAGAUGACAGAGAUGUUGCCCCAGCCAUCAGAUUGCUAAAUACCAUAAUCUCAGAUAUGAAAUUUAAUGACCAUGAGGAAGACUACUCUUCAUUUUUUCAUGGGGUUAUACGAAUGAUUUCUUCAAAAGAGGUCUGGAUGGAAAUUGGUGUAAUCAGUUUUGCCAUCUUACCAUCAUUUUUGUUCAUACUGGGUGGAAGAAUAACAAGAAUUAUUUGUAUCACAUUACUUAUGACUUUUUCUGUGAGCUACUAUGGAACUUACAGAUUCCUUCGGAUGAAAGCAAGAGAAAAGAACGAGAGAAUAUUAUCAGACACAUUAACAUGUACACCACAGGAACGAUCUUGGUAUCACAGUAUUUUUGGGUCCAGCAGUGAUAGUGAAUGCCAGAAAAGAUGGAAUGCUUUGCACAUUGACCCCUCUGAUGAAGUUACACCAGUGAAUGUCAUAUCCCAUAUGAUAGGAGUUAUCAUAUUCCAACCAUUGGAGCAGUUUGGGAUCAUGUUUUCAAGUUUUUCAAGCCAAAUAUUUGAAUCACAACCAUUCUUGCGUGGAAUGGUUGUAUAUGCAACAGCUGUCAUGAUCAUUAUUAGUGUGGUCUUUUUCUGCUGUUAUGGGCUGCAUGGUAGAAGCAGAGGUCUUGGAAGCCACAAUUAUCCUUAUACAUUUGCAGGUCAGCGAUUUUGUGAUACAGAACCAGAUGCUAGCUCAUUUCAUCCAGAUAGUAGAAGCCAGAUAUUUAAACCCAGAGGAAGAAAUAGUGUACCAGGCUCAUCGUAUGAAGCGCUUCCUCAGCAACCAGUUUAUAUUAUUACUAACUACACUGAUCGCAUCCCAAAGAACUCUCUUACUAAAAAAGUCAGAAUAAAACAACAACUUCCUGGAAAAGGGGAAAGUUCCAGUUCUAAAAAGAAAUCAGGAAAGUCACUUAAAAAAAACACUAAAAAUAAUUGCAUCAUAAAUGAUAAUACUGAAAUAAACAAUGUUCCAUCAGAUAAAAUUGAGACUACUGAUGAUGAAACUUUGUAAUUGGCGCUAAAGCACUCAGCUUGUAUGAUGAUAAUGUCUGAUGCCUAAGGAAUAAGAUAAAGAUUUUGGAAAUUAUCAAUUCAGGGUAAACCUCUGAAAUUUCGUGUGUGCAUGUAAAUCGAAUUUCACUUGGUUGUGAACAGAUAUUACUUUUUAAAUAUUUGUUUACUGUUGUUUUAUUGAGGAUAUGAUUCUGGAACAUGUAUUGAAGAUCCUUUUCGAUAGAACAUUGCAUUCUUAUUCGUCUAUUAAUCCAUUUGUUGUGAAAUAAAGUUG